CGAGCCUCGAGGUGAUCCGCCGCAGUAUGGCGCAAAAUUGGCUGAAAGGGGAUGAAUAGCGUAUCUUAGCGCUCGACGGGCAGUGUAUAUUUAGUGGGCUGUGCCGUUUCUUAGCGCCCUUGAAUUUAAAUUCAAAUGAUAGAGAUGAGAUGCUAUGACUCUUAUGCGGAGGCGAUACCUGCCCGACGUUAUUUCCGUAAUGACUUGCACAGUAUGUUCUCAGAAACUCGAUAGCUUUUCCACUGGAUAUAAAAACACGAGGGUCUACCAUGCAAUCCAACGAAGCGAGGUCCCCCGCCGCGGCUCAGAAUACUCUCCACUGCCCACUCAUACCGCAGCUCACUUGAAAUCAUCUGUCAAACAUUAGCACAAUGCCAGGAAAGACAGUUCGAUUUAACACACCCUCUCCUGAUUACUCUGUCGCGUCUCUGCCUGUCAUCGACGGGUCUGUGAGUCCACAGCCGAUCCCCACCAUAAUGCUACCAGCAGUAGACUGUCAGCUACACCGAGCACUGCAGAAUAACAAAUUCUCGCCGUCUGCAAUCGAUUGGGAUAUGUCUUAUCCAGUCGAAAAUGCACGAUUGCAACCACCAUAUACCCGAUUUGAUUGGAACGCUCCGGCAACCAACCCACAUACUACCCAUCUUACGAUAACAUUCGGCGCGUGGAAAUUUACCGUCGUCCCUCAUCCAGCGUCGAGAGCACCAUAUGUCACGGUUUUAGAUGUCCUCCACGGAAUUUAUCGCUAUUUCCGCACUUCGAGUUCUAAAAGAGACUAUCAGGCUCUUUCAUCCGAUAAGCGGCAUCGCGUCACCAGCGCGUACAAUCAGAGAUGGCAAAGAUGCCACCCUGCUGAACGGGAGAUGGAACAGAGGAAAGGGGUCAAACAGAUUGACUUUCUGGCAGACUCGAAAACCUUCUGGGGGUUGUUGCCGACGAAGGAGCUUGGUACAUGGCAGCUUCAAGUGACGCGCUCAUGAAUCGACCUUCUUCAUAUCAAAUAUACCCCCUCCACCCUCACUCCAUACCCGGUUGAUUGAACCAAUAUCUGAACUGUAUUAUUGCGAAAUUCUGUAUGACUUCGUUUUGUAACCCGUAGCACCAACCUUGUUCAUGAUUCUUCACGUCUGUAACGAUUUUUAUUUGAUUAAUUUACCUGGCUCCACUUGAUACCUGUAAUAUUGAUAACAAAUCUGGAUGAAGUGCUUGGAACGUCGAGAGUAACCCUGGGCCGUUUCGCAUUAAGUCUCGAAUAUGGCCAG